AUGAUAACGCCUCUCAAACCUUACGGAGCCGACGAUAUUGCCACAUUCCGAACAGUUAGAACAUUUGCCAACGAUACAACAGUUGGCACCGACAAUACAGCACAACGUCCCCAGAAGCAGUGGGUGAUUGGCAAUGAAAUCUCCGAGAAAAAGGUCGCCAGCGGGGUUGGCCAUGAAAUCCCAGACCAGCUCCAAGAAAAAGGAGUGGAGUGGGCGGUAGCAAUGAAAUCCAAGACCAGCUCCAGGAAAAGGGAGUGGAGUGGGUGGCGGCUCCAAGAGAAGAUCGAAAAUUGUUGGAGUGGCUGA